GAUGUCGAGAAGCUGAUGAGGCUUGUAUGAGAUAAGAUGGCAGUGUAGCCAGACAAGAAGGCGAUGAAGGUCAGCAUAGCAUGUAUGUGACCUCGCUUCAUCUAUAAAUUGCACAUCUCUUCAGAUUCUUGUAGCCAUCCGCCACAUAAGCCAGCAGCAAUAGAGCAAGAUGUUCACCAAGUCGACUGUACUCGCUCUUCUCGGUCUUGUCUCUGUCUCUCUGGCUGUUGCCAUUGCCCAGGAGGAUGGUCCGUCGUUCGAUGAGGGCUCAUCUUGCGGCUAUACGGAUCGAAUGCCUUGCGCUAUGAAUGGCUGUAGCUGGGAUGGUGAACAGUGCGGUCCAGCUAUGGAUGUGAACCUGCCCGCCUACUCUGGUCUGAUCGGUGGCAUUGCUCGCAAGUGACGUGUCUGUUGGGACGAUAGCUCGACAGUGUUCCGUCCUUGGUUGCGAGCGGAGCCAUCGUGACAUACAGACUUCCGCUACAUACGCAAAGACGGAGUCAUACUCGAGACUGAAUCUAACCAUAUCUUCCGGUGAAA